AUGCCUUCUUCUCCCGAGCCUGUUCUCAAAUUCGACUCGAUCGAAGACACAAUUGAAGCAUUCAAGAAUGGCGAAUUUAUCAUUGUCCUUGACUCGCAAGAUCGUGAAAAUGAGGGCGAUCUCAUCAUCGCUGCCGAAUCCAUCACAGAUGCCCAGAUGGCCUUCUUGGUCCGCUAUACGAGUGGCCUCAUUUGCGCCCCUAUUACGCCCGAAAUCGCCAGCCGCCUGAGCUUGCCUCAAAUGGUGGCCGCGAACGCCGAUCCCAAGGGAACUGCCUACACAGUUUCCAUCGACUCGAGCGACCCAUCCGUUACAACUGGUAUCUCAGCACAGGAUCGCUCGCUCGCAUGCCGAACACUCGCCUCUCCAACUGCCCAAGUUGAUGACUUCCGGAGACCGGGCCACAUCAUUCCUUUGCAGGCAAAGGCUGGUGGUGUGCUUGAGAGAACAGGACACACAGAGGCAGCAGUUGACUUCUGUCGCUUGGCUGGCAAGUCUCCGGCAGGUGUGAUUGCGGAGUUGGUGGAAGACGGCGAGACCGUCGAUGGUGUUGCGGAGAUCCGUGGGAGUAACGGAAUGAUGAGACGUGAUGGAUGCCUGAAGUUUGGAAAGAAAUGGGGUCUCAAGGUAUGCACCAUUGAAGAUCUUGUUGCGUACCGUGAAAAAACAGAGGGUGUCGCAGUCACCAAUGGGAAGCACUGA